UAGAGUUGAGAUGGCUAUGAAUUACGCUUAUGUCAGAUUGGGAAGUGUUCCGGGCGGAGCAAACAAAAAAUUUUUGGUCACAUUGUUGUCCGGUUUCAUCAUUGGAGUCAUCGCAACAUUCAUAGUUCUGCAGAACACAAGUUAUUUUGCGGAAAUGAACACGAGGCCAAAUUGGAUGGACUCUAGAGCCAAAUUUGAAGACCCGCACAGCCACGGGGAGUUUGAUCCUGGGCCGACUAUUAAAGGGAAUGUUGGAGAGCAUGCAUCUAAUGAAGACUUCCAUAAAGAUGAAGACUUGGUGGCCAAGGAGCUUGAGCGAAGAGUGCGGGUGUUAUGUUGGGUCUUGACUUCGCCGUCCAAUCAUGAGACGAGGGCAAAACAUGUCAAAGCUACAUGGGGAAAACGGUGCAACAUCCUUGUCUUCGUCAGUACUGCUAAUGAUACAACACUGGGAGCUAUAGCAUUGAGCGAUAAGGAAGGACAUGACUUAUUGUGGAUUAAGACAAAAGCUGCCUUCACUUACGUCUACCAACAUUACAAAGAUGCAUACGACUGGGUGCUCAAAGCUGAUGAUGACACAUACGUCGUCGUAGAGAACCUACGCUACUUGUUGUAUCACUACAAUUCCUCGGACCCAAUGUAUUUUGGAUGUCGCUUCAAACCCUACGUCAAACAAGGCUACAUGAGUGGCGGGGCAGGUUAUGUCCUCAGCAAGGAAGCAGUGCACAGGUUUGUGACCCAAGCAAUUCCAAACCCAAAAUUAUGUAAAGAAGAGGGAUCUGGUGCGGAGGAUGUGGAGAUUGGAAAGUGUCUCGAGAAUGUAGGAGUGAUAGCGAUGGAUUCCAGAGACCAAUACGAGCGAGGAAGGUUCUUCCCUUUCACUCCGGAAAAUCAUUUGUUCAACCGGUAUGACCCGUCGUACUGGUACUACCAAUACAUUUACUACAACACGACCGAUGGGUUGAAUUGCUGCUCAGAUUUGGCCAUAACGUUCCACUACAUUUCACCGCAGCAGUUGUACGUGAUGGACUACAUGAUCUAUCAUCUCCGGCCGUAUGGUAUUCAUCAUCGAGACGACUUAAACAUCUUGCCAGACAAAGCAACACAAUGA